ACUCCUUUUACGCGUUCCCACAACAGCUAUAUAUAUGCACACACAAAGUGUUCAUCCUCACAUCUUCACAUCUUACUACAGAUUAAGUGUUAUUCACAUUAAUUUUCAUUAACAUUCUUGUGUUGCGACAGCCAUGAUUAACUGCAAUGUGUAUGAACGCAUUUUCAAGCGCUUCGAUGAAGAUGGUGAUGGGAAACUCUCUCCUUCGGAGCUCCGACGCUGCUUGGGGACGAUAGGGGAGGAGCUGCUGAUGGAGGAGGCGCAAGAGUUGGUGGAGUCGAUGGACUCGGACGGAGAUGGGUUGCUGGGAUUGGAGGAAUUUGUGGGGUGGAUGGAGAGAGAGGGUGAAGAGAGAAAGAUGGAGGAUUUGAGAGAGGCCUUUAGGAUGUAUGAGAUGGAAGGGAGUGGGUGUAUAACUGCAAAGAGCUUGAAGAGGAUGCUGAGUAGAUUGGGGGAGUCAAGAAGUGUGGAAGAGUGCAGUGUUAUGAUCGGACAGUUUGAUGUAAAUGGGGAUGGGGUUCUGAGCUUUGAUGAGUUCAAGCUCAUGAUGCUUUAAUCUUGUUUAACAUCUUUCAUCUGAAUGUUGUAUUUUUUUUUUAGAUUUAAGAAGAGUGGUUUGUAUUCAAAAAUUAAGAUACUCCUCAUUGCUUUCCUCGUGCA